ACUUUGUGGCUGAAUGUGACAAAUCAAGAAGAUGGCCAAGAUUAACACCCAGUACUCCCACCCCUCCCCAGCCCACUCUGCGGUAAGCACCACGGACAGAGAUCUUGAUCACGUUGAAAAUGGCCUCAGCAGGACCCACUCGCCAUGCCAGGAGACAUCGUCAGAACUGCAGCAAGGGAUCGCCAUGGAGACCAGAGGACUGGCUGAACCCAGAACACGCUCCUCCACUGGCCACGGGCCUGCCAGGUUGUCGCACCUUAUCAUCUCGCUGCGCGCCUGGGCCUCCAGGCACUUACACCGCCAAGACGGGAGACCUGACUCUUUUCUGGAGCGUUUUGGUGGAGCCGAGCUCAAGGAGGUGUCCAGUAGAGAAAGCAAUGCCCAGUCCAACGUGAGCAGCCAGGAGCCACGGAACAGAGGGAGAAGAAAGAAGAAGGAACCCAUUGUGGUGGACCCCUCCAGCAACGUGUACUACCACUGGCUGACUGCCAUUGCCCUGCCCGUCUUCUAUAACUGGUGUCUGCUCGUGUGCAGGGCCUGUUUUGAUGAGCUUCAGUCUGACCACCUGAUGCUGUGGCUGGUCCUGGACUACUCAGCAGAUGUCCUGUAUGGCUUGGAUGUGCUGGUGAGAGCCCGGACAGGCUUCCUCGAGCAGGGCUUGAUGGUCAAGGACACCAAGAGGCUGUGGAAGCAUUACACAAAGACCUUGCAAUUCAAGCUGGACAUGUUGUCCCUGGUCCCCACGGACCUGGCUUAUUUUAAGCUCGGCAUGAACUACCCAGAACUGAGGUUCAACCGCCUACUGAAGUUUGCCCGGCUCUUUGAAUUCUUUGACCGCACGGAGACGAGGACCAACUACCCCAAUGUGUUCAGGAUUGGGAACUUGGUCUUGUAUAUCCUCAUCAUCAUCCAUUGGAAUGCCUGCAUCUACUUUGCCAUUUCCAAGUUUAUUGGUUUCGGGACAGAUUCCUGGGUUUAUCCAAACAUUUCAAAACCUGAGAAUGCACGGCUCUCCAGGAAGUACAUUUACAGUCUCUAUUGGUCCACCUUGACCCUGACCACCAUCGGUGAGACCCCACCCCCUGUGAAAGAUGAGGAGUAUCUCUUUGUGGUCGUAGACUUCCUGGUAGGUGUCCUGAUUUUUGCUACCAUUGUGGGCAAUGUGGGCUCCAUGAUCUCAAACAUGAAUGCUUCACGGGCCGAGUUCCAGGCCAAGAUUGACUCCAUCAAGCAGUACAUGCAGUUCCGCAAGGUGACCAAGGACUUGGAGACACGGGUUAUCCGGUGGUUUGACUACCUGUGGGCCAACAGGAAGACAGUGGAUGAGAAAGAGGUGCUCAAGAGCCUCCCAGACAAGCUGAAGGCCGAGAUCGCCAUCAAUGUGCACCUGGACACUCUGAAGAAAGUCCGCAUCUUCCAGGACUGCGAGGCGGGGCUGCUGGUGGAACUGGUGCUGAAGCUGCGACCCACAGUGUUCAGCCCUGGGGAUUAUAUCUGCAAGAAGGGGGACAUUGGGAGGGAGAUGUACAUCAUCAAGGAGGGCAAGCUGGCUGUGGUGGCCGACGAUGGGAUCACACAGUUCGUGGUCCUCAGUGAUGGGAGUUACUUUGGGGAGAUCAGCAUCUUAAACAUCAAGGGGAGCAAAUCAGGGAACCGCAGGACGGCCAACAUCAGGAGCAUUGGUUACUCAGACCUGUUCUGCCUUUCCAAGGAUGAUCUGAUGGAAGCUCUCACUGAAUACCCUGAUGCCAAGAAGGCCCUGGAGGAGAAGGGACGACAGAUCCUGAUGAAGGACAACCUGAUUGACGAGGAACUGGCCAAGGCCGGGGUGGACCCCAAGGACAUCGAGGAGAAGGUGGAGCACCUGGAGUCCUCCCUGGACAUCCUGCAGACCAGGUUUGCACGGCUCCUGGCCGAGUACAACUCCACCCAGAUGAGAGUGAAGCAGCGUCUCAGCCAGCUGGAAAGCCAGGUGAAGAUCUGUGGGACAGAUGUCCCAUCCGAUGGGGAAGCUCCUGGGGAUGCUACAAAAACAGAGGCCAAAUAACAGUGACAAUGCAGAUGUCUGUCUUCUGUCUCCCACGGUCCUGUCAGUGGGAUGCUCUGUGGCCGCAGGUAGACGACACGGGACGUGGCCAGGGUUGAUUUCCAGCUCUCCUUACCCUUUGCAAGCUGUGUGGCCUUGGGAGAGAGGCUCAGUUUCCUCAUCUGAAAACAGGACUCAUUACCAGCUAGGUGCCAGGCUGUUGUGAGGUCCACAUGAAACACUGAGUGACACAGGGCUUCUUAAAGUAUGAGGUGUCCCCAACCCAAACAUAGGAAAGGGUGUGCACAGAACUCUUAUUUUUUUAUGCACGAGGAUUUCUUAGACUUUUGGACUUCAUUUUCUUGUAAAUGGAAUAUUGUAGUCACCCUCCGCCUCCCACACGUCACCCCACCUCCUCUGAUAAGGGAGACAUAUCAGAAGCUGACAAUACAACGUCGUCACUCAAAUUCAACCUUACAUGAGACAGUUUGGAGCAUCUUUCUGAAUCUGGUAUCUCCCCAGGUGCUCUUUAGGACCCCAGAAACUCUGGCCUUUGGUCGUUCUGUGACAAGUACAAGGGAUAAAGCGAGGCCACCCCAUUUGAGGUCACGCCACGUCUGUGGAGCAAAUCCAGACUCCCUGCCCUCCAGCCCCUGUGAAGCCAGAGUGUGUUUCACGGAAAAGAGCAUCUCGGUUAGGAAAGAGACCCCUCCUUCUCAUCGGCCAAAGAGAUUCGGAGACAGCCUGUCUCCCGGUCCAGGGACGGGGCCUCUGGGGCGGCCUGUUCUGGCUGCGGCAAGAGAGCUGUGCUCCAGGUGAGCCCUUCAGGUUGGAGGUUGGAAUGGGGUCCUAAGCCAAAUAAAGCUGACGACCAGAACUUUUAGAAGACGAGACUCUUAGGCUGUGUCUUUGCAAACUGCCCCUCCACCCCCACAGAGGAAGCCCCACCCUCCCUUGGAAUUACAUCCCCAGACGAAGCUCUUAGCUAGCCAGAAGCGUGCAGAGUACAGAAACUAGCUUUCUUUUUUGUAACCCAGUAAAUAGAAUUCCAUUAGCAUUUUAUAAGACAUUUAUAUAUUCAGGUUCUAUGAUUGUGAAUUAUGACCUCAAUGGUCUAUCCUUUGCUUAAAUACACACUGUAAAUUACCCAAAAAUGAAUCAUUUUCCUGAUGCAGAGAAGCCAUAUGUGCAGGGUUUCCCCUUCUCUUCUCUUCAAUCUCUCUCCUUCCUUCCUUCCCUUCUUUUCCUCCUCCUCUUCCUCUUUCUUUUUCUUUUCUCUCCUUCUGGGACAAAAUGGCCGGCUUUGCUCCAGCAGCUUUGAAGUCUCUGUGGUCUGAUGUCAUGAUCCAUGUAACCGGGCCCUAGUAUAGUUCAUGUGAAAGAUGCUGCACUUUCAAGCAUGUGUUUUGGGUUCAUAUGAAUCUCUUCUGGUUUUUAUUAUGGAUCAUUGGGCCAUUUUAAUUUUUUUAAGUGAAUUUAAGAGGUCUCUUAAAGGAAGGUGUGAUCCAAGCUCAUAUCAACUGCAAAAUGUAACUAGUGAUGUAUUCUCAAAAUGCACAUAUUUUAAAAGCCUUAAC